AUGUUUGCAUCAGUACAAGCAUUGGGGUUGCUUCUAGUCGUCGUCAUUGGACUGUUGCAUCUGCGGCGACUGACCAGCCUCGCCCACAAGCAAGACAAGGACGACACCAGAAUUUUGAAGACGCAACCCGUGUUUGGUAUUCGCGAAGAGAGAUUUCGCUGGGUCCGAGCUCGGUUGAGAUCGUUCACUGAGACAAGUAAAUGGGCGUUUGAAGGAUAUGAAAAGUACUGCAAAGUCAAUCUGCCGUUCGCCAUACCGUCGCUGGAGCAUGGCCUGACCGUGGUGAUCCCGCCACAGCAGAUCAAGAAGGUCUAUGGCCUGUCCGAGAGCGUGCUGGACGUGAAGCAAGUCCAGCACGAGAACAUGCAGCUGCGCUGGACGUUUCCGGAUCCGCACCUACACGCGGAGCAACUUCAUAUCACGGUUGUGCGGAAUCAGCUAACGCAGAACAUCCCCAUACUUGCGCCACGAGUUGCUGCCGAGAUCGAAUUUGGAUUUGAGCGUAGCUGGGGUUACGACGGCGAGUGGAAUGAGGUAAGGACCUGGAGCUCGGCGCUGCGUAUCAUCGCGGGCGCCGCCAAUGGCGCCUUCUGUGGCCUUCCGCUCUGUCGAGAUGUGGUAUUUCUGGACCGCUUGAGGGACCACGCCAUGAGCCUCUUUGGGGGCGCGAUUGCUAUGAGCUGCCUGCCCUCGGCGCUCCAGCGCGUGUUCGGGCCUAUACUCAUGAUAGUGUCCCGCUUCAUGGCAGAGCGAGUGAUGAAGAGAAGCCGGCCGAUUGUGAGAGAGAGGCUGGAAAAUACCGCCAGGCUCAAGGCCGAUCCCGACCACGAGUGGACACCUCCGCAAGACGCUCUCCAAUGGAUCAUUGAUGAGUGCUACGCCAGCCCAAACCGGGAGCAACUGGACCUCGGGCGCGUCUGCGAGCGCCUCCUGAUCGCCAACGACAUAUCACUCUUGACGACGGCGUUUACUGCGCAGAACUUUAUUCUCGACCUUUACAGCUCGGACCCUGCUCGAGGAUACGUCGAUGCGCUGCGCGAGGAAUGCGCAGACGUGCUUCGAGAGUCGGGGGGCAAAUGGACGCCGGACGCGGUGGAGAAUCUACGGCUUGUCGACGCUGCAAUUCGAGAGUCGAUGAGAAUUUCGCCGUUGGGAUCAGUCCUGCUACCCAGAAAGGUCUUGGACCCUGACGGCAUCGUCAUCGGCGGCUGGAGCGUCCCUGUGCCCAGAGGCACUCGUAUAGUCGUUCCGGUUGAGCCAAUCCACUACGACGCAAAAGCAUACCCCGAAGCGCACCUCUACAACCCGUUUCGCUUCGUGCAGCCCGCCGACAACGAUAACAACGAAGUCGUGACAUGGGAGAAGAAACAGUCGUUUAAGGUCAAGUCGACGGUGACGCUCGAUGAGAGCUUCCUGGCCUUUGGCGUCCCUGGCAGGAACGCGUGCCCAGGGCGCUUCUUUGCACUGCUCGAGCUUAAGAUUUUUGUCGCCAACCUGCUGCUCAACUACGAGGUCGAGUACCUCAAGUCCAGACCAAAGCCGGUUCACAUGAUGUGGGUCAAGUAUCCGUCAGACGCAAAUAUACGAAUCCGGAGAAGGGCGGGACGUUGA